AUGGAAUGCUUCCGUCAGAUCUAUCGGUGCAUCAAGUCACCAUUCAUACGCAAGAGCGAGCAGGGAAGAAUCCUUCACAUUUCAAGCCCAACGGACUUCCGCAAGGAGGAAUUGCCCGCCUGCUUCUCGGACGCCGAGUCAGUCUUGUCGCCCAAGCAAAACCCAGUCGAGCUAUCAGUUCUGACACCAUCACAGCACCCUGACGUCCCAGAAGAGCCACGAAGCAGCGAAGGACGAGACGAGCAUCGAGAUGACGCCCUGCCCGCCGUCAGCCAGGGAGAAGAUCCAGAGCCAAGUCCGGAGAAUGAGCAUCAGACUGUCCCAGUCCGGUUCCGAGACCGUUUGAGGCCGUCGAGGUGGCUUAGUCCUGUGCGCUCAUCGACACCAGCGAGUAGCCAUGAGAGACAGGCUUCGUCAAACGAGUUGGAAAUGUACACCACGGCGGAAGAGAAACCGAAGGAAAUAUGA